AUGCUCAGCCAUUACAUUGCCGAUUUUUCAGAGCAUUACCUAGCCGGCCCUCUGGCCGAGCGCGGCUAUGGACUGCUUGGAUGGAAUACACGAUACGCAGGUGCUGAGGACCGCUUCAUACUUGAGGAUGUGUACGAAGAUCUGGCCAUGGGUACGCAAUGGAUUCGUCGAGAGAUAGGCCCUGUCAAGAUUGUGUUUAUUGGGAAUUCGGGGGGAGGCUCGCUCAUGGCCGCAUUCCAGGCACAGGCGGAGAAAAACCCUUCCCUCAUUGGAGCCGACGCUUUCGUCUUCCUGAAUGCCCAUCCUGGUCGUGCAGACGUCAUGGCCAACUGGAUUGAUCCCUCGGUGAUCGAUGAGCUGGACCCGGUCAAGACAGACUCUUCGCUGGACAUGUACAACCCCAAGAAUGGCCCGCCUUAUUCACCGGAGUUCGUCAAACGCUAUCGGGCCGCCCAACUAGCACGCUCUCAACGCAUCACGGUUUGGGCCAAGCAGGAGCUCAAGCGCCUCAACGAAGCCGGAAUUCCCGACCGUGUCUUUCCCGUUUAUCGAACCAUGGCCGAUCUGAGGUUCAUGGACCCUAGUAUUGAUCCCUCGGACCGUCCCUGCCCGUCCUGCUAUGCUGGGCCAGAUCCGCCAGCAUCCAACCGAGGGAUCAGCAUGGUUGCUCGGUCGUGCACUCUUCGCACGUGGCUAUCCAUGUGGAGUAUGGAAGACUCACCAAGCAGGUUUGAGCGCACGGGACCUGCGUUCACGAUCCCGACCCUGGUGCUUCAAGGCACCGCUGAUGUCGGGGUUCACCCGUCGGACGCCCGACAGAUCUUUGAUCUUGUGGGCUCCAAAGACAAGCAAAUCCACCUCAUCAAAGGCGCACCGCACUUUUUCGAAGAUGGACCCGAGUCGUUGAACCAUGCCGUCGAUCUCAUUGAUCGAUGGGUCAAGGAGAAGGUGUAG